CCGCCAUGUUCCACUCAUUUUCUCCAAACCUGGUUCGACCUAACCUGCCCUUGAGGAAGCCUUCAUCGAGCCCCGUCGUUCAUGCAACCCUGUCGCUUCCUGCCACACCUGGCACCGCGCAUAAUGCAGCACCGGUGCGCCUCGCUUUAGGCCACAUAGGAGAAGGCCCUUUAAAUUCACCAGUCAGCAGGGAUCAAUCUCCAAUGUCAGGAUCCAUCCCACCAGCACGGACUGUAUACUUCUGCAACUACUGUGGUAAUCCAGGAAAUUUUCGGUGCAAGCGCUGCAAGAAGACACCUUACUGCUCUGUGGUGUGUCAGACUGAAGACUGGAAGGCACACAGGCACAUAUGCAUAUGCGUUGAUCCAGAACCUGCAAAAGAGAAACUGAAGGAAACUGCGGCUUUGCUGAUGGCAGGAGACGGACCUGGCCUGCCCGAGUCUAAGGGUGAUGCAUCUGCAUCCAGCCUACAGAGGGUCUUUAUGAAGGACUUGCAAGUGACUAAAGUCAUCAAGGGAACAGACAUCCAGGCAUCUGUUGUAGAGUUCUACAGCCCUGGCAGGUUUUUCCUUCUUGCCCAGAGUCCUGAACUGCUGGAAGCUCUGCAAAGCAUCAGCACAGAGCUUCAGAAAACUUACAGCAGCUCACCAGCGACAGCACACGUACCCCAUGUUGGAGAGGUCUGCGCUGUUCAGUUCUCCUGUGAUCUGAACUGGUACCGAGGCCUGGUCAAGACUUUGGCUGCUGACCAGAAGACAGCUAGUAUCCUUUAUAUCGACUUUGGCAAUGAAGAGGAAGUCCCUGUGUACAGAAUCAGGCUCCUGGCUGCUAAUAUCCAGCCAUUUUCUCCAUGUGCAAUGGAGUGCCGUGUCACCGGGGUGGUGCCAGUAACUGACAGAUGGUCAGGCGAGUGCUGUAUUUUCGUGAAACAGAUGUUGCUCGGCAAGACUGUGACUGUUAAGCUGUUGGAAACACUAGAGAGCGGUCGCAUUCAUGUUGUGGACAUCCUGCUCUCCCUGGGAAAGAAGUUGAGCACUCUCCUCAUUGAGCGUGGUUAUGCAGUAGAGGAAAUGGUCAACAAACUUCCAACUCUGCAAGAAAUAAAUGCUAUGGUGAGUGCAUCCUUGGAAAACUUCAGGCGACUCUCUGAUGGCAAGGACGACAACAGCUGGGCUCAGCCACCAGAGCCACUGACGCAGGCAGUGGGUGAUUCCUUCUCUGUUGUUGUCACCCACAUCCAGUCACCCAAUGACAUUAUCAUACAGAAGGUGGAGAAUGCUGGAUUGAUUCAGGAGCUGCAGCAGAAGCUGAGGGAACACUGUUGUCAGGGCCCAGCCCCGCAAAACUUCAGGCCAGCCCCCGGCACUGUUUGCUGCGCCCAGUUCUCAGAGGACAAGCUGUGGUACAGGGCUAAAGUUCUGGCUUAUUCAUCAGAGGAUCGUGUCUGUGUUGGCUACCUUGAUUUUGGCAACUCUGAGGAGGUGGAUUUAGGCCACCUGCGGCCUAUCAGCACUUCACUACUGGCCCUACCCAUGCAGGCCAUGCCUUGUAGUCUAGCAGGGGUGCAGCCUGUUGGGGAGAGCUGGUCAGAUGAGUGCCUGCUGGCCCUGCAGCGAAGGGUAUCGAACCGAAUACUGCGCGUUGAGAUCCAGGGAGCACAUGAGGGCAAGGUUUUGGUCGCCAUGAUUGAUGAGGCCAGUGAUCCUCAGGCCAAUGUAGGCGAGCUGUUGAGCUCUGCGGGUUAUGCUGCAUCUGCUCCUCCUCUUCCUCCUCCUCCUCCCACCAGUAGUGACCAGCAGGCUGACCAGACACCAACUCCUGCUGUGGAACCACAUGUGCCUGCCCCAGCCUCUGAGCCUCUGGUGUGGUCUGAGACUGAGCUUCCCUGUGAUGGCCAGAAAGUGGCACUGCUAGCCAGUGUCAUACAAAACCCUGGAGAGUUUUACUGCCGCAUCAACAACCCUGCAGACCAUCGGCGGCUGAUUGAGCUGGGUGCUGAGCUGAAAAAGCAUUGUGAGGCAGUGGCCUCACCUUUUGUGCCCAAAGUAGGAGAGCCUUGUUGUGCCAUGUUGCUCGGUGAUGGAGCAUGGUAUCGGGCCAUGGUAAAAGAGCUGUCUGAGAACGUGUCUGUAACCUUUGUGGACUAUGGUUAUAGCAUUAAAGUGGAAAAGAACCUCCUUCGACCCAUUACACCCCGACUCCUGACUCUACCCUUCCAGGCAAUUCGCUGCUGGCUCAAAGGUGUGGAGCCCCUGGGAUCAGAGUGGAGCAGUGAAGCCCUGCUGUGGUUCCAGAAUCUGGUGGAUGGCGAGCAGCUCUCUGCACGUGUCCUCUCUGUCACUGAACAAGGCUACGGUGUGGAGCUGGAGAGCAGAGGGCAGAAUGUGGCGGCUGCCCUCAUUUCUGAGCAACUGGCCAAAGGUCCUGGAGCGAGUCCCAAAGAGAUGCAUGCCAACACAGGCUCUGGACACCAACACCAAGGGACAAUACCAGAAAAUGAGCACAGCCAUGUACAUGCACAAGCCUCCAGCCAGACUGGAGGCGGCUCCAAAGAAAUGCAAACUGAAGGGGGCACUGCAGUGCCAUCAGAAGCGCCAUCUUUCCCAGUGGACUGGAAGACAACGGAGCUGCCUCUAAACGAAACCUUUCAGCCUUGCAUCGCAGCUGUCGUCAGUCCUUCCCUCUUCUACGUGCUUGGUCUCACUCAGGUGGACCAGCAGAAGCUGCAGGAAGUGAUGAUUGAGCUGACUUCCUACUGCAGCAACAUUCAGGCUUCUUUAUCCUCCACUGUCCUGAGCAGACCAACUCCUGGGGCUGCCUGCUGCGCCCAGUUCUCUGCUGACAAUAACUGGUACCGUGCGGUGGCCCUGGAGGUCGGUGACAAUGAGAUGAGUGUCAUCUAUGCAGAUUACGGCAAUAGUGAGAAGGUGCCGUUCUCCCGGAUCCUGCCCAUCACCACGAACCUGCUGCAGCUCCCCUUUCCGAUCACUCGCUGCACCCUCACUGGUAAGGAACAUUUCACUGCAAAGUUGCCUGAGAAAAUACAGCAGAUGUUCCAAAGCCUGCUGUUGAACGGCGUCCUCGCUACUGUCCAGUCCUUCGAUGGCUCUGAUAACGUGCUCUCAGUCUCUCUGCCCACUGAGAAGGGCGGGGGGGACCUCACCGCCAUGAUCUUGGAUGCACUACAGGUUCAAGCCGAGAAUAGUCGCUGUCCAUCCACCACAAAGAAGGCUGAGCAAACAGACAGCAGCCCACCUGCUGCCAGCUACCCAGUUGUACCAGAGUGCCCCGAGCCCAAGGCGAUACCUACACCUCCAAAGAGUCUGGAAAAUACACAGGCUACCCCUGGUCUAACCACAACCCCACAGCCGUUACCCCAGACUCCCCAGCAGAGGAUACACACUCUUGCUGCGUCACUCAAUGAAGAUCCAGUUAAGAAGAUUAUUGAGCAAAUGGAGCCCCCAGGCAACAUCACAAAAACCAAUGAUCCUCAGACCUCAGGCUGCUGCUGUCUGAACCUGACAACCAAGAUCGACCACCUGGAGCAGUUGGUGCAGCUGCAGCUUUCUCUCAUCAAGCAAUUACUGGGACAGACAAAAUAAGAUUUACAAAUUAUAUGUAGUCUUGUUCGCCAACUUGUUAAAAUCAAGCCUGUUGUGUUCUUUCCAACCAUGUUUCUUUGAAACAAGUUAACAGAAUGUGGCCUCCAGAAGCAGCCAGCCACCUUGUGAUUUUCAUUUUGUCACUUUAUUCCAGAAGCUUUUAAUUUUGCCUUUUAGUUUUAAUUUGUCCUUAUCAUUGAUUGUCCACUUAGGGCUUUUAUGUUUUUAACCUGUGGUUAAACUCCACUUACCUUUUUACAAAUUCUGGAGGUUUUCAUUAAAAAAAGCUUUAUGCACUUAAUGGGUCUGUUAAAGUUGUCAAAAAAAACUCGCAAGAUGUUCAACUCCAGUGUGUUUGUCUCCUGUAAGUGUGCUGUGGCAUGCUGUGCAGCCAUCUGUUCCUUGGUUCAGCACUAAUCACCUGUUCAGUUGGGAUGUCCGGCCUGAUUGAUUUAUGUUUGUCGUGUGUUUCAGUUUUUACAUAAAG